CGAGCCCGGAUGCCGGCGCAGGCCGCGCCGCGCCGCCGAGGUGCCCGAGGAGAGGCCCGCGCCAGGAGCGGGACACCGCGGCCUCCGCUGGAUGCUUGUACUGUGAUACCAUGGGAGAAAAGCGGGAAGUGCAUACAUAAGGGCUGUUCUGCUUUGCCCUCAGUCCUCCAAACUUGGAAGAUUUCUUGAAAGACUCCUAGACUCCUCCAGCUUGCCACGCUUAGUCUGGAGCCAGGCUUACUGCUGCAGUUUGUACUGCUAACAUAACAUGUUUUUAGAGGAAAUGGCUCUUGAAGUUAAAUGAGGCUGGAUAAAACACAUAAAUGAAGCAGAAGCUGCUCUGCAUGUGUUAGGGCUAUAUCACCACAAGCACUGCUGAUCAGCCAGACUUUGUAACUUGUCAUAAUGAAGAAAAUUAGUCUCAAAACAAUUCGCAAGUCCUUUAACUUAAAUAAAAGUAAAGAUGAAAGUGACUUCGUAGUGGUUCAGCAGCCAUCAUUAAGUGAAUUUGGAAAAGAUGACUCCUUAUUUGGCAGCUGCUAUGGUAAAGAUUUGGCUAGCUGUGAAGUCAAUAGUGAAGAUGAAAAAGGAGGCAAAAAUAGAUCAAAAAGCGAAAGCUUAAUGGGUACGUUAAAAAGGAGGCUUUCAGCAAAACAGAAACAGAAAGGCAAAGGCAGUACACCAUCUGUAAGCUCUGCAGAUGAUGACACCUUUUCUUCCUCAUCUGCUCCAAUAACAUUCAAAGAUGUGCGAGCUCAAAGACCUCUGAGAUCCACUUCCCUCCGUAAUCACCAUUACAGUCCAACUCCGUGGCCCCUUCGACCUACAAAUUCAGAAGAAACUUGCAUCAAAAUGGAAGUGAAAGUCAAGGCCUUGGUCCAUUCCUCUAAUCCAAGCCCAGCACUGAAUGGCGUUCGAAAGGACUUCCAUGACUUGCAGCCAGACAACGUGUUCCAGGAACAAAACAAUGCAUUAAAAAAUACAGAAUCUCAGAACGGGGACUUGCAUCUCCAUAUUGAUGAACAUGUGCCUGUAGUUAUUGGAUUAAUGCCUCAGGACUACAUUCAGUAUACUGUGCCUUUAGAUGAGGGAAUGUAUCCUUUGGAAGGAUCACGUAGUUACUGUCUGGAUAGUUCCUCACCCAUGGAAGUUUCAACAGUUUCUUCUCAAGUCGGGGGAAAUGCUUUCCAUGAAGACGAGAGCCAAGGGGAUCAGGAUGUAGUCGUUGCACCAGAUAUCUUUGUGGACCAGACGGUGAAUGGCUUGUUGAUUGGUACCACAGGAGUCAUGUUGCAAAGCCCAAGAGUUAAUCACAGCGAUGUCCCUCCACUCUCACCUUUGCUACCUCCAAUGCAGAAUAAUCAAAUCCAAAGGAACUUCAGUGGAUUGAAUGGCACAGAUGCCCACGUGGCUGAAAGUAUGCGCUGCCAUUUGAAUUUUGAUCCUAACACUGCCCCUGGAGUUGGAAGAGUUUAUGAUUCUGUGCAGAACAGUGGUCCUAUGGUUGUGACAAGUCUCACAGAAGAACUGAAAAAACUUGCAAAACAAGGAUGGUACUGGGGCCCCAUUACACGUUGGGAGGCAGAGGGAAAAUUAGCUAAUGUGCCUGACGGCUCGUUUCUCGUUCGAGAUAGUUCUGACGAUCGUUACCUUUUAAGUUUGAGUUUUCGUUCCCAUGGAAAAACUCUUCAUACUAGAAUUGAACACUCAAAUGGUAGGUUUAGCUUUUACGAACAACCAGAUGUGGAGGGACAUACAUCUAUAGUUGACUUAAUUGAACAUUCAAUCAGGGACUCUGAAAAUGGAGCUUUCUGCUAUUCCAGAUCCCGACUGCCUGGAUCUGCAACUUACCCGGUGAGACUGACAAAUCCAGUAUCUCGGUUUAUGCAGGUGCGUUCUUUACAAUACCUGUGUCGUUUUGUAAUACGUCAAUACACCAGAAUAGACCUGAUUCAGAAACUGCCUUUGCCAAACAAAAUGAAGGAUUAUUUACAGGAAAAGCACUACUGAAAGCUUAUGGGAAUCUUGCAUCUUGCACUUUGGGAACAACAACAACAAAAAGAGAUUGAAUUACCGUUUACAGACUUUCAUUAUUAUCAAAAUCUUUUGCUGCCAUAAAAAUAUUUCAUUUUUGUGUGUAAAAGUAAUGCAUUUGGAUUUAUGUUUGUUUUGGGUUUUUUUGUGUAUUUUGGGGGGCUUUUUUGUUUUUUGUCUUUUUUUUUUUUUGAAAGAAUGAUCUCAAGUUUAUUUUUAGAAGUGUGAAAUAGCUAUCUUUCAUCAAUGUGCAGAUUAAUCACAAUGUGAAUGAUCAAAUUUUCCUUAAUUUCCCCCAAGUCCUUUGCUGCUAUCCACUGUGAUUUUUAUGCAUUGAAAGCACAUUUCAUGUGUAUUCAACCAUAAGUAAAAGUCAAAUGAAACUUGUUGAAUGGAUUUUUUUUUUUUCCCUUUAAAAUAGCCUGUUUAAAAGAAAAAACGAUCGUGGAUAAAAAACAUCGGUAUUCUAAAUCACAGAAUUUAUGUCUGUGUUAAAAACUAUUUCCUAGUAUCUUAAAUAUAAAUUUCUGUAGAGAUAUGCCCUAAUGUAGAACUUAGACAGAGCUGUGUGAUAAGAACAUGGUUAUGCAGCAUAUCUUUGGGAAAAAACCACCUUUCUCCUAAGCCUUUUAUUGUCUGUACACUAUUUUGUGUUUGAGAAGGUUGGUUCAGUUUUCUUCUUGUCUCAGUAUUUUGUCCUUCUAAAAAUGGCCUUUAAAAAAAAGUCUGUGAAAGUUGAUGUGUAGUACCUCUAAGGAAAUUACGGUAUUGGGGCCUUGUCAAAUAUUACCUUUUAAAAUCAUGCCAUCAGUUAAAUACAUUAACACCCACCAGGUCCCCACCUCCUGCCCUUUUCCCUCCUACCUCCUCUUGGGGUGGGGAUGGGGGGGCAUGGAAUUCCCUGGAUUUGUAAAGGAAGACUCUAGGAAUUGUUAUGGGAGCAAAAAUUGAUAAGCCAUUUGAGGGAUGGGUUAAAACUUCUGAUAGGAUGAUUUCUAUAAUAUAUAUUCAAGCUACUUGAAAUUUUAUAAUUGUCUGCAUUUUUCUCACUUCAGAAAUGCAGUAAUACACUAAUGUCCUUUGGAUUAUUUUCCCCUUUUUUUUUUGGAUAUCCUUUGGGAAGGAAGAAACAGGACUGAUAACAUUUUGGAUGGAAGAUGCUUAAAAUGGAGCCCUGUUCUCAUAGCCAUUAAAAUUACGGGGAAAAGAGGUUUGGAUAUACACUGACCACAGAAAAUUUUUCAGUUUACUGUCAUGAAAUAUGUUUUGACAUAUGAAAUAUUGAAUCAGUUAACUAAAUGAUUAUGAUAUCUGUCAAAGAUUCUGGCAUUUGAAAAGCUCACAGUUAUUCUAACAUUCUGUAGGGAAAACAAGACUUUCAGUGGGGAGUACAGGUUUUACACUAUGAUAUUUUCAUCAUACAAGGUUAAUCCAUGGCAUUUUCCUAUUUUGUUUCAGUCCCGUCCCCCCUCCUCUCUCCUGGAACCCCUCAUGAGUCUAUCACUUCUGUGAGUUAUUUGUUAAGGGGGUCAUGGCUGGCUUGGGAGGGGGGCUUGCUUUGCCUGCCUCUGCCCCCCGUUCUGUAUUUUAGAAUGACAUCUUCCCCAUCUCUGGUAGGAGUUACUAGUCAGUAAACAUCAGCUUAAAAAAGGCUGUUCAUCUUUGAUAAAGCUUUCAUGUUUAGGUCAUUUUCUUCUCCUUGUUUAAUCUAGCCUUUUAUCCCCUGAAAUGAGUCUUUAGUAAUGAAUACAGUAUUGCUGCAAGGUGGUGCAAUAGCACUACAUCUUGGGUUGCCUGAAUUGAUAGACUAAAUUUAUAUUUUUUUAAUUUAUUUUUUGACCAUAAUGUUUAACUAAAAAAUAAAAAAAAGAAAUUCAAAGGUAGACAAAGGCUGCCUUUGCUUUUAAGGGAGGGAGAAUAAGGAUUUCUUCCUUAUUCUGAUAAAGUUUUAAACUAAAAAAAAAAAAUAA